ACAUUCUUCCAUGGCAGACAUCGGUGAGGCACUUCAAUUUAAUGCCAGAACCUGAAUGUGAAAAAUGCUCGCAAGACAUAUUCUCUCUUUUGGCUAAAGAAAGUUUAAUUUCCUGGAGUGGCAUUGUGAGCUUGCGAAUUAUAUUAAAACAGCCUUCAUUUCGAUGGAAGAAGUUUGGGAUUGAAGAACUUUCGUUUUUUGGGGAUUCAACUAAGGAUGGUAGACAGUCCUCUGCUUCACAUUCUUCAUCAUCGUCCAGAAAGUUUGAAAAUAGAAUUGUUGUAGUAGAGCCAGAGAAAAGUGAAAAUAUAACAGGAAAAAGUAGAUACAUGUGGACAAUUACAGAUUUAAUGAAAGAUAAACAACCAACAAGUGUAGCUGUUGGCAGAUUUGAGGAUGAAAAUCCCGCCAGUUCAGAGCAUGCAGAUUCUGAAAUAUCCGAUACUGAUGAGGAUGUUAAAAAUUAAUGUUUUGGACUGAAAGCCUCAUAAAAAAUCCUACUUAAAAAUUGCAUGGGAAAAUAUUUCUUUUAUAUUUUUGUAGCCUUCAGGUGGAUGGUUCAUACGAUGUUGCCCACCUGGUCUGACUUCUUAGUAAUCUUAUUGAAAAGCAUUAGUUGUUCUUCAUAAUAUGAUCUUUCAUUUGUUUUAAGAUAGCAUCCUUUGUUCAUCUUUAAGUAAGUUUGUAGUGUCUUUGUUAUGUUUAUUGUACAAAUGUAAAUUUAAUCUGUUAAAAUUAAAGUUAUAGAAAAUAAAUGCUGA